AUCACGACAGGGCUCAGACUAAUGGGAGGAGUAAAUCAGGGCGGAGAGCCUGAAAAACAGGUUCCGCCGACCCACCAAUCAUUUAGCUUUGCUCUGCAUCCGAAGCAGCAGCAACAGGUCUCUGCGCUCUGAGCCAACAUCCAUAGCAUUUCCCUUCUCUGGUAGGAAUCAUUUUAGUUGUUUUUAUUUGAGCGGUGAGUCCGAGAAUCAGAGUCCGGGUUUUGGUGAUGGAUGUAGCUGACAGAAGUGCCCCGGUGAGCCGGCUGGAGAGAAGCGGCCACACGGCGUUCAUAGAGAGCGACACGCUGUAUGUCUGGGGAGGUUACCAGGUAGUUGCUGGAGAGGACGUCAUGUUGCCCAGUGAUGAGAUCUGGCUCUGUGAUUUAGACAGCGGGACGUGGGAGCGGCGGGAGAUCACUGGUGACAAACCCCCAGACUUAUCCGGCUUCUGUGGCUCUCAUCUUAACGGCACGCUCUACAUCUUUGCAGGAUGUGACCCCGUUGGACACACAAACCAGAUGUUCAGCGUUGACCUUAGACAACAGACCUACUCGUGGAAGAAAGUGACAGACGCCAAGGGAGCGGCACCCUCGCCGCGUAACAAACACUCCUGCUGGGUUCACCGAGACAGAUUAAUCUACUUUGGUGGCUAUGGAUGUAAGACUAUAGGGGAGGUUCGAAACGCAUCAACGUCAAGUUUCGUCAUGGAAGAGAUGUCCUGGACAACAAUUGGAAACACGUUAUUUAGGUGCUGGGGCUGGAACAAUGAAGUCUAUGUUUUUGACAUAGAGACGGCUACAUGGAGCAUGCCAGAGACUCGGGGUCCUGCUCCUGCCCCUAGAGGCUGCCAUGCCAGUGCCCUUCUGAUGAACAAAGGUUACAUCUCUGGUGGCACGGAAACAGCAGAGUUGGACAUGUUCUGCUUAGACCUAGAAACAUGGAUGUGGACAAAAUUUGACAUCCCAGCAUCCUGUGCACCACUAGGGCGCUCCAUGUUCACCAUGACGCCCACGUCAGAUCACACGCUCUUCAUAUACGGAGGUCUAGGUACAUACGGAAACACUCUCAAUGAUGCCUGGCAGUUUAACACACACAAAAGAGAGUGGAACAAGAGAACUCACCCACACCAGGACAAGCCCAGAGUGUGUCACACAGCGUGCCUGGGAAAUGACAACAAUGUCGUUGUUGGGGGAAGCAGCAACAUGGUCAUUGUCAUGGACUCGGUGGCUGUUCUGGUGGCUCCUUCAGAUAAUCACUGCAGAGAUGUGUUAAUUUUUCAGACAGAGCCGUACGCCCUCUUCAGAUUGUGUGAAGACUUCAUAGGAAGAAACCCCAAGCUGUUUGGGAAGUAUCUGGACUGGCUUCCGUCAAAAAUACACCACAAAAUCGACAAGCGAGUGGCUUUUUUCUCGGCUAUGACGCCUGUUCUUACAGCUUGAAGAGGACCGCUUUAAUAGAAUCUGAGCCAGUCAACUGUUACAAAACUGUUUGUUUUGAGUAGACCUUUUGUGUUCUAAUGAUUU